CUUCUUCUUCCUUCAGAAAUCGCAAGAAAAUGGGGAAGAGAAGCCAGAAGCGCCUUAUUCGACGCCACCAGGACGGCAGCAUAGGCUGCAUGGCAGGCCUCAUCCGCAUGUUCUAUUCCCGCCAUGACGCCAAUAAGCUCCUGUUGGACAGGAAGCAGCCAGGGAGUAGAAGGCACAGUUUCAGUGCCUUUUCUGGACGAAGGGGCCACUCAAGAAAGAAUUCCAAGGACUUGGACGAAAUAGAUGAAUACGGCGAUUAUGCAUGCGUGUACUUCAAUAUCUCCCACAGAUACGGUUCUAGUUAACAAUAUACAAGGGCUUAGGGGUACCCCAUCGAUUGCAUACUUUGCAUGUAUAUUAGCAUUCAAAUGGGAAUUGUUUAUUUUAGUUUUUUUUCUAAACGUAAUAGCAGGAGCUCUGCCUUUCAAUUAAAAAGAACGGAAUUGAUCUAGUUUUAAAGAAAAUCGGGUCUAAAACCUACACAGAGUGCACAAACAACUCACACAACGGUAGCCCUCCACACAAAACUCGUUCAGAUUCAUCGUUGUCGAGCUCAACGUAAAGGAUGAGCAGCUCUGACUUCACUAGACAGGCCGCACAUGGCUAAAGGAACUUAACGACUCCUACACCCAAACAUCGACGCAAAAGGAUGCCAAGCCUCAAUACACUCCACGCAAGGCAGCUCCGGUUCUUCACCAACAAGUUUGCUUCUCCGCCUCGCUCCCGGCAAUUGCCCAACCUACGAAACAAUCCAAUCCUUGAUAAGAGGGUUUAGUCUCAUAUCAUUGUUGUCGAGCCACAUCCUCUGAUGCAGCAGUUUCAGCUUUAUGUUGCAAAACCCUACCUCCAUCCGCAUACCAGAUGUCGAGAAGUGAAAGCAACAAUCCAAGACGACAUUGUGGCCAAGACAAACUUUAACAGCGGCGUCUUUAAAAAGGGAGUGACGUGUAGAACGUCACCGUCGUCCCUUGUUCGGGAUAGAUCGGAUUUUUAUCUAUAGAAGACAAUGUUAAGAAUGCGACACUCCCGACGGGGGAAGUGGCAUCCACAACCACAAGCGUCACCAUUGCUGCGAUGGCUUUUGGCCAAGAAGUCUCUCAGCCCAUCGCCAGGCCAAACGAGAGGAGAGCCCCGCCGCAAGCAUCUCGACCAUAGUGCAGCCCUGCCAACGCACCUCAUCGGGCCACUGGACGUCUCUCUCUCAAACUUUGUGGCCUCGCAACGCCCACGUAGGCACCACCCCUCCUCUCCGCAGGAACCACCAUCACCAAGGCGUAGAUCCAGCGAGAGGGCCCAAAACCAGGCUGACGGCCCCAAAACCGCCGGACCCCGGUGAGGCCAGGGAGGAGACGCGGUUGUGGGCGGGAGGGGAGAACAGAGCAACUCCCUACCGACGCCAACCACGCGCCCCUAGCGCUGUCGGCCACAGAGCUGAGUAGGGCCGCCUCGCCCUCACACCCGCUCGCGCCCACUAGGAUACGGUGCCCGAAAUGCCGGUGGAAUGCCACAGGCACCGGCUCCAACACGGUCGCCGGCACAGCCAGCAGCGCCCGGCCGGCAGCGGGCCUGAGCGCCUCCGUCACCGUUCCGGGGCCCGCGCGCACCCUCCGGCAGCGGCGAGACGGAGGGAAGAAGGGAGAGAGAGGCGGCGGCGACGGCUAGGGUUACGCCCGCCGAAGUUGCCCACGCGGGAGGCUCUUCAAGCUUAUGUUCUAUAACAUGGAGGAACCCAGUUCCAGCAAACCAACAGUCAAAAGACUUAUGGAGGACGAGCUACGAAAGCUAAAACAGCUGAAGCUUCCAAAUGAUGAGGUUGAGAGAAUAUUAGCUGACCUGGGACAUGGUGCCUGCCUGGACAAAAGUUCAGCCCAAAACAGCAAAGCGAAGAAGGGAGACCAAAAUCACAUCAGAGGUAUCACCACCACGGCUGCUCCAUCUGGAUCUUUGGAUCCCACUGCUUCCAACUGCAUAAAAGAAGCAGAAGAAAAUGAGCUUGAAUUUGCCUUGGCAGAUUUCUUAGGACGGAUCCAUAGAAAUUGCAACAAUAAUGGGGAGUUAUGUACGGAGAUGAAAGCCCUAAUCCAAACAAAGAUUGCAGAGCUAGAUAAUCCUCCGUGCACAUUUGCUUAUGAGCAGCAAACUUCACGGGGUGACGAAUAUGAUACUGCUGGUGGCAAACAUCGAUGUAGCAGUAGUAAAACUCAGCCCAAAAAAUUCAGAGAUGCGCUGGAGAUGCUAAGCUCAGACACCGAACUUUUCUUUCAGAAGUCAAAUUCACGUAUUUUGGAGAGCGCCCAAAGAAACCAAAACAGACUGAUAGGGAACAAUCUAGAGCCCACAAAAAUAGCAGAUAAUACCGACUCCAACAAAGAUCCAAAGAGUCUGAACCAGCAUGAGUUGGCCACCAGGAGAUAUGGUAAAGAGAGCAGGAAUAUCUUUUUCUGGAAGAAGGAAAGAUCCUCACCAAGGCAGACUGCACAAGGAACCAGUAGUUCUCAGCCAGUUAACAAAAUAGUUAUACUGAAGCCAAAUCCAAGGAGAGAGAUCGGCCAUGCUGUGGCUGUUAGUUCAACCCAAGCUCCAAAACUAGGUGCAACCGAGAGCUCAAAAUUUUCAAUUAAGGAGGUCAGAAGGAGAUUCAGAAUCGUGACUAGUGAAGCUACAAAAGGAAUACCCUCAGUGUCUGAAGAUAACCUCCAAAAAGGUCAGCAUUGGCUCAACAGUUCAGCUUUCACAAUAAUAAAAGAUACCAGACAGCUCGCUGAACAGACCUCAGAAGGGAAAUUCUCAUCUUCAGUUAUGAAGGAUUUUAGAUCAUCAAACAGCGGUAGGCAAAAGAAAAGAAAAAAUGAUGGGCCAACCGAAAAAAACAGUAGCAUAAUUACGUCAUCCAAGGAUGAAUCUGUCUUCUAUGACGAGGCCAGGAAACAUCUAACAGAGAUUCUCAAGGACAAAAGACAAACAACCAAGCAGCACCCGACACUUGAGAUCUCAAGGUCCUUGGUGAGGAUGCUUUCCUUCCCUCAGUCCAGCACAUCAUCACCUAGGAGUAGCCCUAGGGCAAAAGACUGCAUUUACCUCUCACCUGAAGAGGCAAGCAUUCGUGCCAUAUACAAGUCAAAUAAAGAUCUUUUAGAAGAAGAAAGCCAGUCUGGAGAAUUUCCAGAGAAUGUUGUGUGUGAUCCUAGUGAAGCACUGCAUGAGCAGGCUGUUCAGGAAAGGUGGUGCGUCAAAGAAGAAAGUCAAGAAACAACACAAGAAGGUGCAGAACUUGACACUCUGCGCACUAAAGAAAUUGACAAGCUGGAUUGCAUGGGAAAAAAUAGCAAUGCAUGGGGCACCCCAGCAAAGCAAUGCACAUAUAAACCAUCACAAGAUAUGGUGGGAGAAGCAGAGCCAGGACAAAGGCAUGUCAGGACGUUUCCAAGCUCCCCUGAGAACGACUUUGAAAAACUGGAAUGCCAAGAGCCCACGACUCCCCGACCGAGUGCACAGAUCGAACAGAUAUCACAAUUUUCUCCUGAUGGAAACCACGAAAAGCAAGAACAGCCGAGCCCUCAAUCUGUUCUUGAUGUGUUCUUCCUCGACGGUGAGUUGCACAAAGAUAUCUUGAGGACACGCUACAACACCACAGGGGAUGGUUCAGACCAAGGGAUUUUCUGGGAGGACAAGCAUCCGAGGUUAUGUUACAUAAAGGAAUUGCUAGAGCUGUCAGAAUUGUGUGCAAACCAGAACUUAGAGGUAUGGUAUCUAGAAGAUGAAUUAAUCAGCCCUUGCUUGUUCGAAGAAGUACAUGGAGGCAAUCAAAUUGAUGGUACGAAGCUUUUAUUUGACUGCAUUUGCGAAGCUGUGACAGAAAUCCAGGACAUAUACUUUAGAAACCCUCCAUGCCUAUCUUCUCUCACACACAGCAUAAGGGCACCUCCUCCAGCGGGACAAAACCUUAUCUCAGAAAUCAAUAAGCGUGUUGAACGCCAUCUUCACUAUCGAUUUCCAAGCACAUUAGACCAGCUGGUUAACAUGGAUCUUGAAGGUGGCAGUUGGAUGGAUCUUGGAUCAGAAAGCGGAGAGGUCGCUGUAGUAAUAUGGGACUGCACACUAGAUGAGCUUUUGGAAGAAUUAGUUUACGACCUGUGGAUUUCAGGCUUCAAUCUCGCAGCCGGUAACCAUCUGUAGAUUUGGUAGAGUCAUACCGUUAAAUAGAAGUAACAUGUUUGUGUGGCAAAAUCCUGUGAUUUGGACAUGGAGGGCUGCAUGAGUCGUUCUUAAAGGCAUGAGCAUGGUACGGGAUGUUCACUCAUGUGAAUUUCAUCGUGACCCUCAACAUAUUAUUAUGUGUCUAGUGUCAGUUAGGCCUAGUUUGGAUACUCUAGUAAUGAGUAGGAUUUGAGUGGAUUAAGAUGUAUUGAGAGAGUAUUUAAUCUAUUGGGGAUUUACACCA